UAAUUCAGUGAAAAUAUUAAGAUAAACUAAACUAAUUUAAAACUAAAAAAACUAAACCAAUAUAUGGUGCCUUUAAACAAUUUACUUGAAACGCAUCGUAUACUUACACGCGCACAGUGAAAUAUUUUAUCGCGAGGAAAUAUCACAUGCGUUCUGUUUUCUAGAAAUGUAAAUGUAAUCAUCAUAGAAACAAGUCACACAUAACACUGUAGUGUCAUAAAAACGAAACGCCACCCAAUUGCAUACAAACAAUUCAAUGAGAUAAAAGAACAAAAAAAAUAAAUUGUAAUAAAAUUGCAUAAGGAUUUUGUGCGUAUCCCGAUUUCACAUCACUUGAAUCGUUUGAUAAAUUUAAUGUAUGCAUAGAACUUUUUUUCCGCAACGAACACCAGAAAAGUGUUAAUCAGUGCGUAAGCGAAAUUUUAGAGCAAGAGUAGUAGUGUGAAUGCAUAAGUGCUUGUAUGUAUUACAGCAAUAUUUCAGAGCAUGCUUUGCGGGAUUUGAUUAUAAAGAAAUUUAUAGCAUACUUCCGCUAAUAAUAAGAAAGUGCUGAAGAGAAUAAUCAAUGCUUAAAACGUAGCAGUAUGCAAUUAAUCUAAUCUACCACCUAGAAGCAGUAGCAGCAGCAUAUUAACAUUAUCCUCUCUACCCCAUAAAGAAAGGAGAACGCAGUUGCAUACAGCCAUCACUCUCAGAAAGAUUCAUUGCUUCCCUCAAAUUUUACAUUAGCAUAGCAGCAGCAAAGUAAAAGAAAUAAAAGACGUUACUUGUAACGAUUCAAAAGUUACCAACUGCUCCGCGUGUAGCAAUUAUUUUAUUCAGUGUUAACAUUGUAAGCAUUAUAAGCUACACAAAAUGACCACAGAUUUGCUAUUUCCGAAAAUUGCUGAUUGCUCUUACGUCUCCUGCUAUUGCGAAGAAAAUGUUUGGAAACUUUGUGAACAAGUGAAGAAAACACGUAUCGAUGAGCUGAAUAAAUGCUAUGCCGUGUUUGUAUCGAAUGAGGGUCGCACGGUACCAUUAUGGCGCCAGAAAGCAGGACGUGGCGAUGACCAAGUUGUGAUAUGGGAUUAUCAUGUAUUUUUUAUGCACAAUCCUUCGCCUAAUAGAUGUUUGGUAUUCGAUUUGGAUACAACCCUACCAUUUCCCACAUAUUUUCACAAAUAUGUAACGGAAACCUUUCGCUCAGAUUUAGCACUAAGACCAGAACAUCAUCGAUUCUUUAGAGUUAUAUCUGCUGAAACAUAUUUAAUGGAAUUCAGUUCGGAUCGAAGGCAUAUGCGAAGACCGGAUGGUAGUUGGAUUAAACCGCCACCUUCCUAUCCUCCUAUACAAUCAAAUAGCAAUGUUCACAGUUUGGGUGAUUUCAUCUGUAUGAGCCCCGGCAAAGGGCCUGGCACCGUUUAUAGUUUGUCAGAAUUUGUGCAAACUUUCUAUAAAUCGCCAAAUGUGGUGGCGCAACAGAACAACAAAUAAUAACCAUUGGCUAACAGAUCUAGUUAAACCUAAUUCUUAAGAAAAAUCACAUUUAAGUCAAACGACAAAAGAAAAGAAAACCAAGAGAGACCUAAAAAAAAAGCGAAUAUAAUUCCGCAUCCUCCUUAAGGCACACCACCACCACCACCACCACCAACUUCAUUCAAAAAUCCACAUAGAUUUUCUU